UCAAGUAAUGGGCCUUUGGAGAAAUAUCACGAGGCGCACACUGUUGCUGUUUUAGCAAAGAAUCUUAAAAUCCCCGAAACCAAAAACCCUAUAAGCAGAGAUCGAAGCCGAAGGAAGGCGAUCCCAAUCCUCCUCGAUUCAUCUCUUCGCUCCCCAAAACCAAUGGCUACCAUACCGGUUAACCCUAAGCCGUUCUUGAACAAUUUGACCGGGAAGACGGUUAUCGUUAAGCUCAAGUGGGGAAUGGAAUACAAAGGUUUCCUCGCCUCUGUUGACUCCUACAUGAACUUGCAGCUGGGAAACACCGAGGAGUAUAUUGAUGGACAGUUGACAGGAAACCUUGGAGAGAUCUUGAUCAGAUGCAACAACGUUUUGUACGUCCGAGGUGUGCCAGAAGAUGAAGAACUCGGGGACGCCGAACAAGACUAGUCUGUACCAAGGAAAGUAGAAAUCGCCAGUCUGUUUUAAGUCUUGUUGUAUUCUAUCAGCAUCUUUAACCCAGUAUGCAGUUCUUGAAUCUUUUUGAGAUGGUUGAUACCUUUAAAGUUUAAACUAAAACGUCGCAAGCUGUUUAGCUCUUAAUGAGUAAUCGAACUUCCUUCCGGU